CAGCCCCCUGACGCAGCGCGCAGCCUCCGUGACGCAACCGCGCCCCCUCCGUCCCCGCCCAGGGCCGCCAGGAGGAGCUGCGCGCAGACCCCCAAUCCCCGCAGCCGCUAGUUACGGGGUGUCCGCUUCGCGCGGGUCCUGCCGCCGCGACAUGUCGUUAAAGCCGAAGAGCCGGGGCCGCGCCGGCGCCCAGGCCGAGCGGGGCGGCGGCGGCGAGGAGGCCCCGAGCACGUCCCGCGGGCCGGGCGGCGCCGCGUCGCAGGGCGGCCGGCGGGCCGAGGCUCCCCCAGCGCCGGGGCCGCGGUCGCAGAAGCAGCUGGAGCUGAAGGUGGCGGAGCUGGUGCAGUUCCUGCUGAUCAAGGACCAGAGGAAGAUCCCGAUCCGUCGCACCGACAUCCUGCGGCACGUGGUUGGGGACUACAAGGACGUGCUCCCCGAGCUGCUGCGGCGGGCGGCCGAGCGUCUGGAGUACGUGUUCGGGUACCGGCUGGUGGAGCUGGAGCCCCGGAGCAACACCUACAUCCUGGUCAACACGCUGGAGCCGGUGGAGGAGGACGCGGAGAUGCGCGGCGACCAGGGCACGCCCACCACCGGGCUGCUCAUGAUCGUGCUGGGGCUCAUCUUCAUGAAAGGCAACAGCAUCAAAGAGACCGAGGUCUGGGACUUCCUGCGGCGCCUCGGGGUGCACCCCACCAAGAAGCACCUCAUCUUCGGGGACCCGAAGAAGCUCAUCACCGAGGACUUCGUGCGGCAGCGGUACUUGGAAUACCGGCGCAUCCCGCACACGGACCCCGUGGAUUACGAGCUCCAGUGGGGCCCGCGCACCAACCUGGAGACCAGCAAGAUGAAGGUGCUCAAGUUCGUGGCCAAAGUCCACAAUCAGGAUCCCAAGGACUGGCCGGCGCAGUACUGUGAGGCUUUGGCGGAGGAGGAGACCAGGGCCAGACCCCAGACCGGGGUUGCGGCCCCAACCCCAGCCCCUUCCUCUUGAGACCUGAGACAGACUCGGAGAGACCCCGGGGAAGGGCUGGGGGUGGGAGGAAGCAUCUUGCUGUAACCCUUAAAUGUGUGUAGUAGUUUUAGGAUGUGUUUGCAAUCUUUUCUUCUUGUGAUAUUAUAAGUCACUUUGAUUCCGAAUUUUCAUCUAUAAAAAUAUUAGGGGAUGAUUUCUUUUGGUUUGUCUUACUGUCUGUAUUUUUUUUUAUUGGUAUAAAAAUCUUGCUAGCUUUAUAAAGCGAAUUGGAAAGUUUUGUACCAUGUCAUGGAAAUAGACAUUUAAAAGAAAACACGUCAAUAAGUUGCUUUCAUGCCAAGGAAAUAAAGCGAAGUGGCUCUUGUCUGGCCUCUGGACUACCCAACUCUGUAAGGAGAAAUAAAAGUCUAUAAAUUGGAAACUAAAAUGAAACUGCCUAUAUCUCUAUUUAUCUUAGCACAGCUAUUUUAAAAAUAUAUUUUCCAUGUGUAUAAGUGUUAUGAGUCAUUCUAAGCAAUGUAUGCAUUGUAUUUUCUCCAGAUAAUUUUUUGUGUGGCUGACCAUUUAGUUCCUUUUUUGUCUGUUUUUUUUUUGUUUUGUUUUUUUGCUACUAUAGUUAUAAUAAACACUGUAUUUUUGAA